UUGCACCGAGUACACUGCAGUGCCCUACAUUACAGACCAUUCUUGACAAAACCAUGGUCACGCAGCCCAGUAGCCCAUAGCGAUCAUGAAGACUGACUUCCAGUUCUCCAACUUGCUAGGCACUGUCUACAGCAGAGGCAACCUGCUCUUCACCCCAGAUGGCACCUGUCUGCUUUCGCCUGUAGGCAAUCGCGUGACUGUCUUCGACCUCGUAAGCUCAAAGUCGUACACGCUUCCCUUUGCCCAUCGCAAGAACAUUGUUCGCCUCGCACUCAACCCCCGCGGAAACCUUCUUCUCUCCGUCGACCAGGAUGGCCGCGCAGUCCUGACCAACAUUCCCCGCCGCAUCGUCCUCUACCACUUCUCCCUCGGCGGCGAAGUGACUGCCCUCGCCUUUUCGCCCUCGGGUCGCCAUUUCGCAGUGGGCAUCGGACGCCAAAUCCAAGUAUGGCACACGCCCUCAACCCCAGAUGUCGCAGAGGGUGACCUCGAGUUUGCGCCUUUUGUGCGCCACCGCGUCUACACCGGCCAUUACAACGCCGUCCAGAGCAUAGAAUGGUCGAGCGACUCGCGCUUCUUCCUCUCCGCAUCCAAGGACAUGACGGCCCGCAUAUGGAGCCUUGACCAGGAAGAGGGACAUGCGCAAACUACGCUGAGCGGCCACCGCCAAGAGGUCACCGGCGCAUGGUUCUCGAAGGACCAGGAAACAAUCUACACCGUCAGCAAGGACGGCGCUCUCUUCACAUGGAAGUACAUGCUGCGCUACGAUGCGCCAGCAGACGCCGAUGAAGACGACGACGACAACCUCCAGUGGGGCAUCGCAGAGCGCCACUUUUUCCACCAGAACAACGCCCACGUCACAUGCGCCAGCUUCCACCCAGAGUCCAAGCUGCUCGUCACCGGCUUUUCUCACGGCAUCUUCUUCAUCCACGAAUUGCCCGACUUCGCCCAAAUCUCCAGCCUGAGCAUAUCACAAAACGACAUCGACUAUGUCGCCAUCAACAAGACUGGCGAGUGGCUCGCCUUUGGCGCAUCAAAGCUGGGCCAGCUGCUCGUCUGGGAAUGGCAGUCAGAAUCAUACAUCUUGAAGCAGCAAGGUCAUUUUGACUCGAUGAACACCAUUGCCUAUUCGCCAGAUGGUCAAAGAAUUAUCACAGCUGCAGAUGACGGCAAGAUCAAGGUGUGGGAUGUCAACUCGGGCUUCUGCGUCGUCACCUUUACAGAGCACAUGGGUGGCGUGACGGCCUGCGAAUUUGCAAAAAAAGGCAAUGUCCUAUUCACAGCCAGUCUUGAUGGUUCCGUACGCGCAUGGGACUUGCAUCGCUACAGGAAUUUCCGCACAUUCACAGCUCCCUCCAGACUUUCCUUUUCCUCGCUUGCUGUCGAUCCCAGUGGAGAGGUUGUUUGCGCAGGUUCCAUCGAUUCCUUUGACAUCCACAUCUGGUCGGUUCAGACUGGCCAGCUGCUCGAUCGUCUAUCAGGACAUGAAGGCCCUGUAUCCUCUCUCUCUUUCUCUCCAGAUGCAGGUACACUAGUCAGUGGAAGCUGGGACAGGACCGUACGCCUUUGGAACAUCUUUGCCCGCACCCAGACCAGCGAGCCUCUACAGCUCAUGGCUGAUAUCCUCUGCGUGGCCUUCCGUCCAGACUCGAAGCAGAUUGCUGUCACAACGCUCGAUGGCCAGCUGACUUUUUGGAAUGUCUCCGACGCUGCACAGGAGAGUGGUGUCGAUGCGCGACGGGAUGUGUCUGGUGGCCGUAAAAUGUCGGACCGACGAACGGCAGCCAACGUCGCCGGCACAAAGGCCUUUUCAUCUGUCAAAUACAGCGCAGAUGGCACUUGUGUCUUGGCUGGCGGUAACAGCAAGUACAUCUGCUUGUAUGAUGUCCAGUCAGGUGCUUUGCUCAAAAAGUUCACUGUAUCCGUCAAUUUGUCUUUGGAUGGUACACAAGAGUUUUUGAAUAGCAAACUCCUUACUGAAGCAGGUCCAGAAGGCCUCAUUGAUGACCAAGGCGAAGCGUCGGAUCUUGAAGACCGCCGAGAUACCACCCUUCCCGGCGCUCAAAAGGGCAUUGGCGCAAGGCGAACACGGCCUGAAGUGCGGGUCCCGGAUGUUGCCUUUUCGCCUACUGGACGUGCCUUCUGUGCUGCCUCCACGGAGGGUUUGCUCAUAUACUCGCUGGACAACACAUUCCAGUUUGAUCCAUUCGAUCUUGACAUUAGCGUCACACCAGCGACCACUCUCGAUACUUUGGCACAGAAGGAUUAUCUGAAGGCCCUAGUGAUGGCGUUUCGUUUGAAUGAACGCAACCUCAUCCGGCGCGUUUACGAAGCCACACCCGUUACUAAUAUUCCGCUUGUAGUCAAAGAACUACCUUCUGUCUACCUGGGUCGACUACUGCGGUUUGUCGCACACCAGGCCGACGAGUCCCCGCAUCUGGAAUUCAACUUGGUGUGGAUAGAAUCGCUUCUCAGCAAGCACGGUCGAUGGAUGAAAGAGCACAAGGGUGGCCUAGAAGCAGAGUUGCGAAGCGUAGAGAAGGCCGUGAGGAGGAUUCAAGCUGAACUCGCCAGGUUAGCAGAUGACAACAUUUAUCGUAUCGAAUACCUGCUUUCUCAACCCGUGGGUAAGAAGGAUAACACACCACUUGCUAUCGACUUUGGCGUCAAGGAAGUAGAAAAUGGCAUUUUGGAUGAAGAAAUGGAAGAUGGUGAUAGCGACGCUGGCGAGUGGUUGGGCUUUGAAGAAUGAUACCAUUGUACGAAUACGAUUAUCUUACGAGCAGCUCCUGAUAUUCAAGGCUCUGUAUACUUUCCUUGGUCUUCAGCCACGGUUGCCAUUCUCGAAUAGCCGGGAUCGCCUUUUCCUUGCGGCCAUGCGCAACGAUGUCCACCUACCGCUUUGCUAAAUGAUUCUUCCAGCAGGAGAACGGGUGGCAGUUACGACUAAUUACUAUUCACUAUGAUCACUGUUACUUUGAUGGGAUGCUACUUGGUUCGCGUUUGGCGUAUCAGCUUCUUGCUUCUUGGAAAAGAAACGUAGGCUUCGCCGUGGCCUUCCAGUAUAGAGUCUUGGAGAAAGAACUUGCGUUUGGGUAGCAACUUUUACAAGGAUCACAACAAAGGCAGCGGCUUAGAAAACUGUGGUUGCAAAUAAGGCAGCAACAAAUCAAUGGACGGAAUGAGGACACACAGGGCAACACCCUAAUACCUUCAGGCUCGCUA